AUGGCGGCGGGGACGAUCUCCCGCAUCCGGCUGGAGAACUUCAUGUGCCACUCCAGCCUCCACAUCGAGCUCGACCAGCACGUCAAUUUCAUCACCGGCCAGAACGGAAGCGGGAAGAGCGCCAUCCUCACCGCCCUCUGCGUCGCCUUCGGCUGCCGCGCUAAGAACACCCAGCGCGCCGCCUCCCUCAAGGACUUCAUCAAGACCGGCUGCAGCUAUGCAGCAAUUACUGUAGGUAUUAAUAACCAUGGGGAAGAUGCGUUUAAGCCUGAAGUAUAUGGGAACACUAUUAUAUUGGAACGCAGGAUUACUGAAUCAACCAGUUCUACAGUUUUGAAGGAUCAACAUGGGAGGAAGGUGGCGCAUCGCAAGGAUGACCUAAAUGAAAUAAUUGAACAUUUUAACAUUGAAGUUGAAAACCCUUGUGUAAUUAUGAGUCAAGACAAAAGCAGAGAGUUUUUACAUUCAGGAAAUGACAAGGACAAGUUCAAGUUCUUUUUCAAGGCUACGCUUCUUCAACAAGUGAAUGACUUGCUUGCUACAAUAAGAGACAACCUGUACAUUGCGGACUCUAUAGUUGAAGAACUGGAAGCGUCAAUUAGGCCAGCGCUCAGAGAACUUGAUGAAAUUCAGGAGAAGAUAAAGAAUAUGGAACAUAUUGAAGAAAUAGCACACGAGAUUGAAAACUUGAAGAAAAAGUUGGCUUGGGCAUGGGUUUAUGAUGUUGAUAAAAAGAUUGGGGGACAAGAAGAGACGCUUGAAAAACUCAAAGAGCGCAUCCCUGCAUGCCAAGAACGAAUUGAUCGAAAUACAGCCAUUAUAGAGGAACUGAGGAAAGAAUUUAUUGUGAAGAAAGAAAAUUUUAGAUCUUUUUUGGAGAAGACACAGGAAGCAAGGAGGAUGAGGGAAAAAAUGGAUCAUGACAUUCACGAGGCUGUGAAACUGAAGAUGGAUCUUGAGAAAGAGCAUGCUCGUGGAAGACAAGUAUUGAAUAAAAUGAAUGCCCGUUUGAGACAGCUAGAGGAGCAAGUUCAUGAAUUUGAGCUGCAGCAUAUGCAACAAACUCAGGCUGAAGUAUCUCAAGUUGAGGAUAGCAUACGGGAAUUACAGCAAGAGAUAAACUCUGCCCAAUUAAAUGCUACAAGGUUAAAUGAGGAAGGAAGGAAAUUAUCUGAAGAACUACAGGGCAUUAUUAAAAACAUUGGUGACAUCGGAAAAGAGAUAGAAGAAGAUGGACGUAGGUUCAAUCAACUGAAAUGUCAAAUUGAUGAUCUACGACGACGCCAACAUGAUAAAGUAACCGCCUUCGGAGGAGAUAGAGUUCUGAGACUCUAUAAAUCAGUAGAGAAACACAAGAAUAGAUUCAAAUGCCCUCCUGUUGGUCCAAUAGGACAUCAUGUGCAACUGGCAAGCGAUUCCUGGUCCGUUGCAAUUGAUUAUGCACUUGGGAAGUUAUUAGAUGCUUUCAUUGUCUCAUGUCAUAAGGAUUCACUACUUUUACGAGAAUGUGCGAAAGAAGUGAACUACCACAACCUUCAAAUUAUUAUAUAUGACUUCGCUAAACCACGGAUUGACAUUCCAGAUCAUUUGCUUCCUUCAACACCACACCCGACAGUACUUUCAGUUAUCCAUUCGGAAAAUCCUACUAUACUAAAUGUAUUAGUGGAUCAGGGCCAUGCAGAGAGACAGGUCCUAGUUCAAGAUUAUAAAACUGGAAAAUCUGUUGCAUUUGAUCAGAGGAUACGAAAUCUGAAGGAAGUAUAUGCUUCUGAUGGUUGCAAAAUGUUUUGUAGAGGUCCUGUUCAGACCACUCUUCCUCCAAGUGGGAACUGGAGAGCUGGUCGUUUGUGCACUUCUCUAGAAGAAAAAAUAACUGAAAUGGAGCAGGAAGCUACUGAAAUUAGGCAAAUAAACUCAGAGAGGUUGGAUCGCAAAAGGAAAUUAGUUGCUGAUCGAGAAAGCAUCGAUUUGGAAUUAAGACGUUUAAAGAAAAAAAGAGAAAAUGAGGAGUUGAAUCUGGAGCGUAAAAAGGCGCAGUUGGAUGACACCAAGAAAAUUUCUAUUGACAAUAGUCAUGCUGCUGCUGUGGAUACCUCUGAGCUAGUAGCUGAAAUGAUGCAAGUGAAGGAAAACAUUGGGAACCAAGAAUUAGCUCUACAGAAAAUUAAUUUGAAACUUACAGAUGCUUUGCAAGAAGAGAAUAAUAGAAGAGCUUCUUAUCAGGACUUUAUUGAGUCUGCACAUGCUGAAAUGGAGACUAUUAGCGAUGCUGAGCAUGACUUGCAGCUUGUUGAAGGAAAAAUACAUGAUGCUGAGCAGGAGAAGGCUCACUAUGAAGUUGUUAUGGAAACGAAGGUUUUAGGUCCUAUUAGAACAACUGAAUCAGAGUUCACAGGUCUUCAACAGCUUCAUCAGGAGUAUUUUGAAAAGGCUUCAACAAUUUGUGCUGAGAGUGAAGUGGAAGCUCUUGGGGGUGUUGAUGGAUCCAUAGAACAAUUAAGUGCUCGUAUUACGAAAUUAAAGCAGAAAUUUCAACAAGAAAGCAGAAGAUAUACUGAAACCAUUGAUGAUCUGAGAUCACUGCAUGACAAAAAGGGACAGAAGAUCUUGAGAAAACAACAAAUGUAUGCAGGUUUUAGGGACAAAUUAAAUGCAUGUCAAAAGGCGUUGGACUUGCGAUGGAAGAAGUUCCAGAGAAAUGCAGGUCUUUUGAAGCGUCAGCUUACGUGGCUGUUCAAUGAGCACCUGGGAAAGAAAGGUAUCAGUGGGCACAUCAAUGUAGACUAUAAGAACGAAGUUCUGUCUGUUGAGCUGACAAUGCCUCAAGAUGCGUCUCGUGAUACCAUUAGAGACACUAGAGGACUUUCAGGUGGAGAGCGAUCUUUCUCAACCCUUUGCUUCACCUUAUCUCUUCAUGGAAUGACAGAAGCACCAUUUCGGGCCAUGGAUGAGUUUGAUGUAUUCAUGGAUGCGGUGAGCCGCAAAAUAAGCUUAGACACCCUAGUAGAAUUUGCUGUUGAACAAGGGUCUCAAUGGAUAUUUAUAACCCCUCAUGAUAUCAGCAUGGUGAAGGCUGGGGAUAGGAUCAAGAAGCAGCAAAUGGCUGCCCCUCGUGGUUGA